UCAAAACAGGAACAGUGAGCUUGCGUGCGUGAUAAACGCGUGUUCUGAGACUUCCUUUUCUCUGUGCAAAACUAUUCCUUUUAGUUUGGAAUGCGAAAUAUUUUCGGAUUGGCGUCCGGUUGAUCACAUAGGAUUCCAGAAUUAGUCCCAGUUGUUUUGAAAGUCGGCCAGUAACACGCGUGUCAAAACAGGAACGGCAACAUGGCGUCUACUAAAACUGGUUUGGCUUUUUCUGGUGGUGGAAUUCGGUCAGCGGCGCUAUGCUCUGGGGUUCUACGUAGACUGCUCCAGAAUAAAGCAAAGGUGGACUACCUGAGCUGCGUGUCAGGGGGUGGCUACACAGGCACAGCAUUUUUAGAUUGGAAAUACAGAAAAGAGAAGAAAGCAAAGGGCAACGAAGAAUGGCAUGAAGAGUUCUUCGACAACAUGAGACAAAGAGCAGGUUAUCUGUGUAACUGGGAGAAGCCAUGUCAAGGAAUCCUUGAUACGAUUGCAAUGUUCCUCCUUGUACUUACUGUCACCUUCAUUGAACCGAUUGUCAUAUAUGGAUCAUUCGCAUUUCCACUUGCCUUCAUCAUCGAUUACCUCUUCGGAGAGGCACUUCGCGUAGAAGAUUGUAAUCACAUUGCGGCACCUACUUCUCCAAUUAACCAAAAACCUAGGACUCGAGAAAUCCAGGAACACUGUCUUUCUGGUCAAGGAACCGUAGCUUUCAUUAAGAUUACUCUUUUUUCAGUUCUGGUUGUGCUCUUUGUCAUUUUUUUACAUUCUGUCGCAAAAAUUGUCAGAGAAGAAGUCCAAAUAUUUUAACUUUCUCUGGACUAUUCCCUUUUUAUUAUUUUGUUUUACUUUCCUCCCAUUUGCAAUCAAUGAUUUCUUUAUGAAAAUCCCCCUGUGGAGUCGGGUAGCUAUUGUAGUGAUUGGUGUAGCAGUAUGGUUUUUCUUCCCUCUGCUAAGGAAAAAGACAUCCUGCGGCAUUAUAAUUUAUUUAUAUUCCUAUAUCAUCUACUGGAAAGUGUACAGAGCUAAGAUUGUUGGUGUUGUGUUUUCUCCUUUGCUGUUUAGAGGGCUACUCCUUGCCUCUGGGUUUAUCUUGUGGUUUGUUCCCUAUCUGGUACAGUCACGCGAGAGGCUUGUCCAUGUCUUCAACAGAUGGAGACUUCACAAGGCAUUUUACUCAAAGGAAAGUUUAGGUACUAAGGGAUGGCGGGGAAUUCUCCAUAACAUCUUCUGCCCAUUAUGGACAUGUCUGAAGAAAAAACAGAAGCAGGAACCUUGCCCUAUAGAUCAGAGAGGUGUUUUUGAUACUCCUGCGAAUGACGUUGAGCCAGCACAUAAGAGAUCUUUGAACCUGGCAGAUCUCAGAGGCAUGGAGCCUGAAUAUAUAUCAAACAUGACUGUCCACUGCUGGAAGGAAGAUGCCACCUCUGACAAGGAUGGUGAUCUCCUAACAAUGUCACCUACCACAAUAGAGCGUUUAGAUCGAGAUCCAUCGACUGUUGAUCCAUUUAAGGACAAGCUGAGCCCUCGAGAUAUAGAAUUAUCAGACGCCAUGGCGACAUCUGCAGCAGCGAUUUCCAGUUACGAAGAUAACCUCAAAGUAUUACGCCUCUCCACGCUUCUUGGACUCGAAAUGGGUACCCCAAUGAUCAGUAACCUCGAGGCAAUUAAAAAAGAGUAAUGGUUCAUGAAGCUCCUCCCAAUUCUCAUCAAUAUUCUCCGUGGUCUUCCAUUGAUCGCCGUACCAGCGGUUUACUUUAGUAAAGGGGAUGAGGAAUCAAGAGAUGAGUGGUCGAUUAAAGCUGGAGUAUUCACAUUCUUUGCAAUUCACCUGGUGUUGGCUUUCAUUGGAGCUCUCGCCGACAGAGGAGCUCAGACCCAAAACGUAUGGAAGAAGAUAGCCAGGUGGUUCACUUUGCACGAUUCCUUUGUGAAGUUCGUGACAAAAGGCCUUUCUAUUAUAAAUAACGGACCCACCCCUCCUCCCGUGAUGCUACUAAGCGAUGGAGGCCACGUGGAAAAUCUUGGUAUUUUGCCAUUGUUAAAGAAACAACUCAAGAAAAUUAUUGUGGUGGAUGGUGGUUACUGUUCUAAUGAGAAGAAGUAUGGGGAAAGUCUACUGGAAUCACUUAUGCUCGCUCGUAGAGAGCUGAGCUGUUCGUUUAUUGGCCAUGGCGGUCGUGACGUCACUUCCGACCUGUUGGAGAACUUCGUGAAGCUACAGCAACCAAAUGAAAGGAAACCACGACAUUUCGA